AUGGCGAAGAAGUCGCCGCCAAUCUCCACUUCCUUCCGUUCUUCAUCGCAUUCCUAACCAAAUAAUCUUUGUUGCUUCUUGAGUAAUCAUUCGCGAUCGGCGAUCGCUCAAUGUCUCGCCAUCCGAUCCUUUUCUUCUCUGUUCUGUUUAUUCUGCGAUUUGUUUCAGGGGAAGGCGCGGCGACGUUCUCCUUCGUGAACCACUGCGGCGACACCAUUUGGCCAGGCGUCCUGUCGAGCUCCGGUAGCUCUCCGCUGGAGAGCACCGGAUUCGAGCUCGCCGCGGGCGAGAGCAGGUCCCUUUACGCCUCCUCCGGUUGGUCCGGCCGCUUCUGGGCUCGCACCGGCUGUGUUUUCGACGCUUACGGUAACGGCUCAUGCGGCACCGGCGACUGCGGGACUGGCAGGGUGGAGUGCGCUGGUUCGGGGGCGGCGCCGCCCGCCACUCUGGUCGAGUUCACGCUCGGCGGGGAGAAGGAUUUCUACGACGUGAGCCUGGUGGAUGGGUACAACCUGCCGGUGGUGGUGGAAGCGGCGGGCGGGGAGUGUCCGUCUACUGGGUGCUUGGCGGACAUAAACCGGCGGUGCCCGGCGGAGCUCAGGGCGGGGGAUGGCGCGGCGUGCCGCAGCGCGUGCGACGCGUUCGGGCAGCCGGAGUUCUGUUGCAGCGGGGAGUUUGGGAACCCGCAGACGUGUCGGCCGUCGGCGUACGCGCAGAUGUUCAAGGCGGCGUGCCCGCGGUCCUAUAGCUAUGCCUUCGACGACGCCACCUCCACCUUCACCUGCUCCGCCGCCGGAGGAGCGCAGGCCUAUUCCAUCACCUUCUGCCCCGAAUCCUCCACAAGUCAAAAAUCCACCAAAAACAAUACCCCUCCAAAAACUGGAGGAGAAGGAGAAGAAGAAGAAUCGUGGCUCGCAAGUCUCGCCAUCGGCAACGCUAACCCUUCCAGAAUAGCAAGAAGGAAAGAAAUAGUUUAUUCAAUUAUAAGUCUCCUCCUGUAUUUUUCCUUAUUUUGAGGGUGCAGUUGUUUGUUUGACAAUUAGGCAAAAUUUCAUUUCAGGCCUGAAGAAGUUUGCUUACAUUUGUUUUUUUCUCAAGGCGCUAUUGCCCUUUCCAAUAAUGAUAAAAGAAAUUAGAUAUUUUA